AUGACGUGGAGUUUGUUUUUUGACGAGCUAUGUCAGAAGGCGUUCCAGUUCCUAAAGGACCGACUUGUCUCAGCCCCAAUCAUCAGAGCUCCUGACUGGAACCACCCCUUUCAGGUGAUGUGCGACGCCAGUGACUUUGCAGUAGGAACAGUCCUUGGACAGAAGAUUGACGGGAAACGUUAUGUCAUCUUCUAUGCUACCAAAACUCUAAACCAGGCUCAGAAGAAUUAUGACACAACGGAGAAGAAGAUGAUGGCCAUAGUGAUAAAUCAAGGAGAGGAUGAAGAAGAUGUUCUUGACGCUUUUCCAGAGGAGCACAUGUAUUUUGCUCAGGGAUCAAAUAUCUUGAUCAGCUGGAUGGAUAUGCUCGAUGCAGCUGAUCCAAUAGCCUUUUUGAAUGAAGUAAGCAAAAGGCAGGCUGAACCGUGGUUCGCUGACAUAGCUAACUACUUGGUAACUGGAGAAUUACCUUCUACACCAGAGGUGACCAGAUCCCAAAUGUUGAAGAUUAAGAGUGAAGCAAAGUACUACGUCUGGGAUGACCCUUACCUAUGGAAAAUGAGAGUUGAUCAAGACAUCCGAAGGUGCAUCCCCGAGUGGGAUCAAGAAGAAAUAUUGACUCAUUGUCACUCUCUUGCCUACGACGGUCACUUCAGUCCGAAAAAGACAGCCAGGAAAGUCCUGGAUAGUGGUUUCUAUUGGCCAGACUUGCACAAGGAUGCCUAUGAAUUCUGCAAGAGGUGCAGCCGGUGCCAGUUAACUGGAGAGAUUUCUGCAAAAAAUGAGAUUCCGGAGAUCAAAAGCUUCCUCGAAAAAACAGUGAGUCCUUCAAGGAAGGACUGGAGCAAAAGGUUGGAUGAUGCCUUAUGGGCUUAUCGCACUGUGUACAAAACUCCAAUCGGCAUGUCACCAUACAGGCUGGUUUUCGGGAAAAUGUGCCACCUUCCUAUGGGCAAUGAACAUAAAGCUUACUGGGCAGUCAAGGAAGUGAUUAUACAGCCUAAGGUGUGUGCUGAAGAAAGGAAGCUCCAGUUACAAGAGUUGGAAGAACUUAGGCUUGAGUCCUAUGAUGCAGCCAUGUGGUACAAAGAGAAAACCAAGUUGUGGCAUGACAAGAACUUGAGGGCGAAGGAGCUGCACGUGGGGCAAAAAGUUCUGUUGUUCCAGUCAAGACAUAAGCUGAUGUCGGGCAAGUUAAAAUCAAAAUGGACGGGACCAUAUACCAUCGUCAACCUAAGGGCGAAUGGGGAUGUAGAACUUCAAGGGAGUGACUCUAACUCUUUUACUGGCUUAAAUGGGAAUCAUACCUACCCCACCACCGCCUGUCGAUGCACAAAUCCCAGAAACUUGCAGUGA